AUGAAAUCUCAAGCAAUUCUUCGUCUUUGUUAUUCAACUACUCGUUAUAAUCCAUCGAUAUGUACUGGUGCUGCUACAUCAUAUCAAUCUCGUCGAUGCAUUAGUUUACAUGAAUAUCAAAGCAAAAAAAUUCUUAAUGAAAAUAAUCUCAAUGUCCAACGUUUUCAAGUUGUGGAUAAUCCACAAGAUGCUAAACGUGCUGGAGAAGAAUUAAUGAAAACAAUUGCUAAAGAAUUAGUUAUCAAAGCUCAAGUUUUAGCCGGUGGCCGUGGUAAAGGAACAUUUGAUAGCGGAUUAAAAGGUGGUGUUCGUUUGACAAAAGAUCCAGUAGAAUGUGGUAAUCUAGUUAAACAAAUGGUUAAACAUCGUCUUGUAACAAAACAAACACCACCCGAAGGUGUAGAAGUUCAAAAGGUUAUGGUUGCUGAAGCAUUAGAUAUUGCACGUGAAACAUAUUUAGCUAUAUUACUUGAUCGUGCUUAUGGUGGUGCAGUUUUAAUGGGUUCACCAAUGGGUGGUGUUGAUAUUGAAGAAGUUGCAGAAAAACAUCCGGAACAAAUUUUUACUUCAGCUAUUGAUCCAAAGAUUGGUUUAAAGAAAGAUCAAGCUUUAGAUAUGGCAAAAAAACUUGGAUUUAAAGAUAAAUUAGCUGAUGAAGCAGCUGAUCAAAUUAUGAAAUUAUAUAAAUUAUUCUUAAAAUAUGAUUGUACACAAAUCGAAAUAAAUCCAUUUGGUGAAACACCAGAUAAACGAGUAAUCAAUUUUGAUGCAAAAUUAAGUUUUGAUGAUAAUGCAAAAUUCCGUCAAACGAAUGUUUUUGAUAUGGAAGAUACUGCUGAAAGUGAUCAACGUGAAGUUGAAGCAACACGCGCCGGAUUAAAUUAUAUUGGUUUACAAGGAAAUAUUGGUUGUCUUGUCAAUGGUGCUGGUUUAGCUAUGGCAACUAUGGAUAUUAUUAAAUUACAUGGUGGACAACCAGCUAAUUUCCUUGAUGUCGGAGGUGGUGUAAAAGAAGAACAAGUACUUGAUGCAUUCAAGAUUUUAUUUACUGAUAAUCAAGUUAAAGCUGUUCUUGUCAAUAUAUUCGGUGGUAUUGUUAAUUGUGCUAUUAUUGCUAAUGGCAUUGAAAAAGCUUGUAAAAAACUUGGUUUAAAAAUUCCACUUGUUGUUCGUCUUCAAGGUACAAAUAUGGAUGAAGCACGUCGCAUACUCAAUCAAAGUUCAUUCCCAAUAACUGCUGAAAAUGAUUUUGAAAAAGCAGCACAAAAAGUUGUUUCAUUAGUGAAGAAUAGCAGUAAAUAA